AUGAUCCACAUGAUUCGAGCGGCCCAACAUCGUGCCUACCUCCACCUGACGGACGAGGAGUCAUUUCGACUGCCGCUGGAUAUCGUCAUCCAGUGCUUCCUCAGUUUGCUGGCUAUCUGCUACAGCGGGGCGAUGGUAGCCGGUGAAUUUUCGCUUAUCCGCGCUGAUAUACAGGUUGGACAUUUGUUUCGCUAUGAACUCGAAGACUUUCGAGACGGUCUUCAACUGCCCCUCGUUCUACACCUUCGACCAUCGCGCAAAUUGCGUCUCGCCGUAUUUCGCCCUUCCGCAGUUCAGCGGCCAGUGUCCCGCGGCGCCAUGAAGAUCGUUGUUGUUUUGGGCCUUCCAUCGUCCCCCCGUUGCUUGUCAGGCCUUCACCUUCGUUGGCAGCCAAACCGUCGUUUUGCGGAAUCUCGUUCUCCACACUCGCUUGCCAGUGCCUACGAGUACUGCGUCGACCUGGUGCGUCGUCGAGACCGUGAAACUUUCCUCUUCCACCUGUUUCUGCCGAACAGGUACCGCCGUCACACGUUAUCCGUCGCCGCUUUCAACGUCGAGCUCUCUCAGGUGUUUCAGCUCUCGUCCAACAGCACCACCGCGUUGAUGAGGUUGCAGUUUUGGAAAGACGUCAUGGUCGCUUUACCUCAAGGCAAAGUGCCUGAGCAUCCAGUGGCAGAAGCGCUUUUGCACACCUAUCGAACCUGCCAUCUGUCCGAGAAAUGGCUGAAUGAUUUGGUGGAUGCUCGAAUAGAUUCAAUUUCGGGGCAGAUCUAUGGUGAUAUGGAUUCGCUUCAGUCACAUUUUCACAACACCUUUGGCACGGUGCUUCUCCUUAUUUUGCAGAUUUUGAAAGUGAUGAAUUUGCAUGCCGAUCACGCAGCUAGUCACAUCGGAAAAGCCGUCGGUCUUGUAAACACGGUUCGCGCUAUGCCGAUGCACGCACGACGUGGACAGGUGAACCUCCCUCAGGAACUGUUGACGAAACACGGGGUGACUCGCGAUGACCUUAUGAAGUUUUCUUCUGCCAAAUGUUGUGACGUGAUUUACUACAUCUGUUCCGUAGCGCAUGAACACAUGCGGAUUGCGCAGGGUUUAAAG